UUUACAAUUAGGUAGUGGACGGCCACAGAAGUGCCGGGUUUUAGAUAAGCUAGACGGAUUUUAUCAUGGUAAAAUGUCGGCAGUCGAAGCAACAACAAAUUCUUUUCCAGUAAAACACGAUUUUGUGCCAAGCCAGUUUAAAGACAAUAAAGUAUGUGUUGUGUCUAUCAUUGGAAAGAGCCUGUACAAAACUGCUACUUCAAAAGCAUCUUUAUUCAACCCAAUUCUAGAUGCCGACAUAUUUAAGGGUGUGGAGGGAUACCUUGAGGAUAGUAUAAAUCAAGGUGACAUAGAGUGUUACUAUGACAUUGACAGCAAUGUGGUAUACCUACAUCUCACCAGUAUACUAGAUUCUUACAGAUUGACGUCAGUUUGCCAGAGACUUAAGGAUGCCUCUGUCAAGGAUUUUCAGACACUAUGGCAACAAGAGGAUUGUCACAAUGCUAAAUGUCUCUUCUUCAUGUUUCAAGUUUCUCAUAUACUUGUGAUAUCACACCCAGGUUCAUCUUUUGAUGUUACAUAUGUCAGAUUAUUCAGGAUUUUGGACUCUAUAAGGAUGAAGGUACAGAAAUGCGUAACAGAACAGCUCCUAGAUCUACCAAUCUCUAAAGAUUGGAAAUACAAUGGGCGACCAUGUUCACCAAGAGUUCUCUUUGUAUUUGAGACAUCAACUAUAGAAUAUGAUCCGGAAGAGUUGGUGGAGAACACGGGAUACAAGGCAAGACCACAGAGAAUACAUCCAAUCAAAAGGCUGCAGCACUGUAUGGAGGAUCAGAUAUACAAGAUCCUGAGAAAAUCCAGAGUAAUUACCAAUAUCAGUAACAAUUCACUAUUUGCUGUGCCAGCCAAUCAGGAGUUUGUAUUUAUUCAUGUGUACCAGAAUGAGGCUGCUGACCCAGUUUCAUUUUUCCUGCAGCAGAUCAGAGAAAAUACAUUACAGCAUGAUGCAGAUUCAGAUCUGCCAAGGAAAAGUUAUCAAUCAAAUAGAAGAGGUCAAGGUGGUAUAGACAGGUCGAGGUCACAAGGACUCUCCAGAAAUGGAGGAGAGUUUAGUUUUAAGGAGUUUAUAUGGCAACAUAUUGAUAUGGCACUGACAAAAGGUUUUGAUGAUAAUGUCGGACGGCACCCAGUCACUGCAACCUUUGAGCUUGCUACAAGUGAGACAUGGUUUACCUUGGCAAACAAAUUAUAUCUUAUGUUAUUCUCAGAGAAGCUAGAUCCUAAACUCCAGCCACACUGCAAUACACUCCGAUCUCUUCUUGAAACAGAUCUUCGAUUCUCAGAGAAUCGGUGUAACAAGGUAUUACCAGUAGCAGAAAGUUCCUAUCAGGAAAAUUUACCCACUCAUUAUGUCACUAACUACCAUCUUAGCAAGUUAGCACAAGCUAAGAAAGUGUUCAGUCAGUUUGCUAGAGGUCCUGCCUGUGAUAAAUACAUGAAACAGCUGGAAGACUCGUGUGAGAGAUUCUGGAAAAAUGGGAGACAACUCUGUGAGGAAAUCAGUCUGACGGGCAAUCAUUGUGUUAAUCCAUUACAUAAGACAGAGGAUGAGAUAGACACUGAGAGUAACUCACACCUUCCAUUGAUGCCACAUUCUAGUCAACUCAAGAUGAAAGCCGCUUGUAAUUGUGGGAAAAAACAAGCUGAUAAAGAAGAUCCAUUUAAUCACAAGGCGGCCAACUAUGAUUUCUAUGUAAAACUGGAGGAAAUGUGUUGCGGAAAGUUAGAGCGUUAUGAAUUCCCUGUGUUUCAAGCCAGCAGUACCGACAUACGGGCAGCAUUACUAACCCCGCCGGUUAGGUCUAAGGCUCAGCCACCCAAACUUCAGAAGGAAUCAGUCUCUAGUGCAGGUAAAGGAGAGGUGGCUGGUGUAACUCAAGGCAUGGCCAGUCUCAGCCUGGCAUUGAGUCUAGAUAUGUCCUUCCCAUCUUCAUGUCAGUCUGGUGGGAGUGAUUUGUUUGCACAUGGUGGACAGAGUAAUUGCAGCCCUCUACCUGAUCAAGAUGAUGCUGCAACACCUAAUCCGGAUCAGCCAGAAGCUCAUUCUCCAUCUUCUCCAUUAAGCCCGGCCCCUCUAAGACAGCAUUCUACAACAGAAUAUUUGCCUGGAAUGAUCCAUACAGAGUCACCAGUGGGGCUUCUACCUAAGUUUCCAUCCUGGUCGCUGGUUUGUCUUGGAAAAUCUAGUCUUUAUAAUCAUACACAAGGUUUAGACCUUCCAGGGUUUUUAAGUGGAAGUAAUUUUUUGUUACCCUGGGAUAUAACCGUACAAGCAGAGAGAGAUAAAUGGCCCACAGUAGGAGAAACUACAGGCAAGAAAGGAAAACAGAAGAAAGGAACAAGAGGGAAAGAACUAACAGAGGUUAAUCUGCGAGUGUAUAUAGGGGAGGAAUAUGAAUGCCCUCGAGGUCACAGGUUCUUCUGUAGUGGUCCUGAAAAAAUCAUCAAAGUUUCCAGUACCAGCACUGUAAAGGACAAUGCUAACAAACUUGUGAACUUAGAUAUGCCACUUUACUGCCCAUGCCACUGCAGGUCUUCUAAAGGUUAUAUGGCGCAGAUGAUGAGGCUGUUUGUAGUGACUCCAGAUGGACCUUUGAGGGUCAGUAUCAACCCAUUGAUACAACCUGCACCUCACCCAUGUCCUAUAUUCCACCCUGGGGUUGGAGAAGAGAUAGACCUUAGUUCAGGCUCACUCUGGGUUCUACGUUUACCAUCUGUUUAUAUGGGAGACCAGGGACCAUACACCAUGCCAGCAGAUGCCACACAGCUUCCAGCAUGCAGGCUUCUCAAGGGUACAUUCAACUUUAAAGAAAUCGCUGGAGAUUAACGAAACUGCCCAGCUAGACCUAUUUCUUAAGAAAUAACGCCAGGGACGAGAGGAUUAAAGGACUAGUUCUACCCCAAGUUUAAUUCUGCAAGAUAUAUUAUAAUGUAUGUCUUUAAUGUAUGUACCAGGUUUGAGCUUUGUGGGGUGUGCUCGUUAGUAAAGAGGAUUGUUCAUCUAUUCCAGUUGCAAAUACAGUGGUCUCACGUACAUACAUAUUUGCAUGGUUUAAUAAUGGAGGAGAUUAUAUAGUUAUUCGUGACAAAGUUUGCUUUGGUCGGAGAAGUGUUGGAAGUAAUAUUUUUCAAGGCAUAAAUAGGAAGUAAAUAUUCAGUCAAGGGUGGGGACUCGUUCAUUUGCUCAUUGAGGUGUGACAUGUGCUUACAGUUUAAACAAUCAAAUUAAGUGUACAUGUACUGAUGUACUGAUUCAGAUAUGUACAUUCUAAAGAUAUUGCUAUGAUAUAAUACUUUAUCAUCGUUGUUGUUUUUUGAUUUCUUAUUGUUACAGUACAUUUGUGAAAUAACAGUAAAUUUGUGAAGUUGAGGCAGUCAUAGUAGGAAACGUUUCUUUGAACUUUUAACACAUACCGUGCUGAUUUUGCGACUCUGUAAAUAUGAUGUGCAAGUAAAUAUGAUAUUGCACUCCGUGCAUAUAGUUUGACGUGACGUUAUAGUGUAUGUUAGCGUUUACUAUAAAUUUACACUAUAGGCGCAUCAAUGGAAAAGAAUUCUUUUUGCACAUAAUUUUGGGCAUGUGAUAAAUAGAAUUUUACAUUCGUGCAGGUUCAUUACUGAAUUUAUUGAACUCGUUGAAUAAAAUAAUAUUUUGGUCGCUAGAGGCUCCAUAAUAUUAUAAGAAUCUUACACUAGCUACGGGUACAGACCUGAAUAUGUAGCUUGGGGAGGGGGUGGGGUGUAACUGUUUACGGCGGUAACGAGGCUUUGCUGAGAGUUCGCUAAAAAUUACCGAGAGCUAGAUAUUCCUGUCUGUAUGGACAGUCGGUGUUUGCAUAUUACUUAUCAAUUUAUUUCAUAAACUGAUACGGGGAAGUUAAAGGCCGGGACCGCGAUGCACGCGACUUGUCUUACAUUUGGGAGGGGGUAUAGACUUUAAGAAUCUUACACCGGCUGCCGGUACAGACCGGAAUAUCUAACUUGAGGGUAACUGUUUACGUCGGUAACGAGGGCUAGAUAUUCCGGUCUGUACCGGCAGCAAGUGUUUGAUUCUUUUUCUUGCAUAUUAAAUGCCAUUUAUUCUCGGAACAGAAAUUACGAAAACUGAUAUUUUCAUUACACACUUUUCUUUAAGUGUCCAGCUUUAUUUGUCAUCCAAUGAAAACGCUGUAUUUCUUAAAGAUAUACCAUGCUCAUCUUUGAGUAAAAUAUUUUAAUCCAAUAUAUUUGUUAAAACCUAUGAAAUCCUUACUGAAUAUGUCUAAUUUGAAUAAAAAACGAAUUAACUAUGUUUUGAAAGUCGUUCCUUUCUAUUGGUAUUUUUCCAAAAAAACUGCCAGUUUUUUAACGACACUAUAUAUUCAUAUUGUGACCAGUGCACUUACAGUGUGUAGAGUUUUAAACAUAAAAUAUCUACUUUGUGUGUAGUCAAAACAUGUUUAUUUUAUAUUUACAAAGAGACUGUGUAGCAAUAACCAGAAAUUCCUGAUAUCAAAUUUGAACAUAGUAUAUCUUUAAAGAUUGCGUGUGUUAAUUUUCAUAGAAGAACAAAAGUCGAUACUAUGUCGAAUUCCGCUCAUAGUUGCCUUCUAUUUUUCAUAGUACUUCAAAGAACCGCGUAGUGACGUAAUUAAGUGAAUAAAAUUAAGCCAAAUAAAGCUUGACACUAAAUAUGUAAGUGUUCAUCCGUAGCUGUUCUACAGAAAUUAGAAACAUUCUCCUGUCGCUAUCGCUGCCGUCGAUGUUUCUAAUUUCUGUAGAACAGUACGAAUGAACACUAACAUAUACAUAGUUGGGUAUGAACCUACAAACUUCAUUCAUAGCGGGAAAAUGGCGUCAUCCAUAGAACGCAAUUUAUUCAUAAAAGGCGCACGGCAAUGACGUCACUUAAAGCACGCGACUUGUCUUACACGGGGUGUAAGACAGGGUUUUGCCGACCUGGUAGAUAAUCCUGAUAUGCAAGAAAGGGUGUAUGCGGUACAGAUAAUCCUGUCUGAUAUGAAAAAAAAAUUCAACUCGUUUAAUAAAUUCAAUAUUAAACCUACAUUCAUUCAAUAUCCUCUAUUAAACCUUUAGAAAAGCUGACGGCCGCUUUAAUAAGGUUUCAACUGCAGGAUACUUUUAAGAAACUUAGUUGAAUGACAAUAAAAACAAAACUCUCUAAAUUGAUUAUGUUGACAAUGAUAUCUUGCGUAUCUUUAUUGUGUUACCGACAUUUGUUAAUGUUUGUUUAAAUUGUGAACUAAUAAAAUACAGAAUGGUUGUCAAAGU